AACCUUUUAACAAAAAUAGAAACAAUAACAAAACAGUUGAAGCAUUAAGCUCAGCUAAAACACAAUAAGAAGACAAAAAAAACUAAAUAAAAUAAAAUAAAAACAACAUGGAAUAUUGAAUGAACCGAUUUCGAGUAUGCACAUAUAUUAAACUGAAAGAGAAGCAACCCCCUCGUAACCGAGCCCAAGAUGGCCAACAACUUGACACGGGCACUUAAUCUCCACUUGAAGGCUUAAAGGAGUACGAGUGAAAUAUAUAUAAAUGAAUUAAUAGGCAAAGGAAAGCAAGCAGAGAAAUGCAUUCUGAGCUCAACAACGAUUACAAUUGCAAUUGCCGGCAGGAGCAGGAGCAGGAGCUGGAUCAGCAACAGAUCCAACAGAACGUCAGCUGUCAACGAUACCCGCUGCGUAAGAAUGAAAAGAUGGCAUCGGUGCAUUUAGUUGUCCUGCUGCUGAUAGCCAGUUGCUGGAGUCAGACGGCGUGCUCCUAUCUGGAGCCGGACGAGCUCAUACACGAGCUGGACAGACCGGUGCCGUUGACAUCGGUGCAGGGUGUCCUGGGCAGGCAGGCAAUGCUGCCGUGUGAUAUAACGCCGCUGGAACGCGACGAUGCCGUCUAUAUGGUGCUCUGGUUUCGCGAGGGCGAUGGCGAGCCCAUCUACAACUUUGAUGUGCGCGGUCGUCAAUUCGGGCAGGCGCGUCUCUGGUCCUCGCCGCUGGCCUUCGGGACGCGGGCCCACUUCAGCAGCACCUCGCAUCCAGCGCAGCUGAAAAUCGACAAUGUGCGGAUUGAGGAUGAGGGCGCCUAUCGGUGUCGUGUGGACUUUCGUAACUCGCCCACCCGCAAUCUGAAGAUAAACCUGACUGUUAUUGUGCCACCGGAUAGACCCAUUAUCUAUGAGCCCAACAGGCAUGACAAGACCAGCAAUGUGGAGUCCUUCAACGAAGGCAACGAUAUUGUGCUGGCCUGCGAGGUAUCCGGCGGUCGGCCGCGCCCCAAUGUUACCUGGUACUUGGAUAACACGGUCAUCGAUGAGUCAUUUGAUCAGCGCGCCGAUGGCAAAACCAUAAACCAUUUAUCCUAUCCCAAUAUUGGCCGACAGCAUCUGAAUGCGCGACUUGUGUGCGUAGCCAGCAAUACGAAUCUGACGCCGCCAAACAACAAGGUCGUCAUAUUGGAUGUCAACUUGAAACCUGUUGCCGUGCAUAUCCUGACCAAGGAUCGCUUUGUCUCCGCGGAUCGUACCUAUGACAUUGAGUGCAAAAGUUCCGGCUCUAAGCCGCCGGCUUUAAUCACCUGGUGGAAGGGCAACAAGCAGCUAAAGAAACUCACCAAGAAUUUUAAUGAGCCAGACAAUCAAUCCCUAAGUAUACUGACGUUCACGCCCACCCGGGAGGACGAUGGCAAAUAUUUAACAUGUCGGGCAGAAAAUCAAUUCAUCGAUGGCAGCUCCAUCGAGGACAAAUGGCGGCUCAUUGUGCACUACCAGCCCACAACGCUGCUGAAGAUGGGCUCCUCGCUGAAUCCGGACGAUAUUAAGGAGGGCGAUGAUGCCUACUUCGAGUGCAUCGUGCAAUCGAACCCGAAGCCCUACAAGAUGUCUUGGUUUCACAAUGGCAAGGAGCUGCAGCACAACAUCUCUGUGGGCAUCAUCCUGUCGGAUCAAUCCCUGGUGCUGCAGAGCGUCUCGCGCGCCUCCGCCGGUGACUACACCUGUCUGGCUGUCAACUCGGAGGGCAAAGGCCUCAGUAAUCCGGUCACAUUGCGCAUACGCUACGCGCCCAUCUGUGCCAUCGACCACGAGGAGCUGUUGGGCGCCCUCAAGCACGAGACGUUGCCAUUGAAGUGCGAAGUGGACGCCUCCCCGCCCGCCGACUCCUUCCACUGGACCUUCAACUCAUCCGGGGAGCAAACGGAGCUGCCCGCCCGCCUGCACUCCAGCGAGACGGGCAUGUCACGCUUGAAUUAUACGCCCAGCUCGGACCUGGACUACGGCACCAUUUCCUGUUGGGGCAAGAACUCCAUUGGCCUGCAGAAGAGUCCCUGUGUCUUUCAAAUUGUCGCAGCGGGGCGUCCGUUUCCACUGCAAAACUGUACGGUGAGCAAUCAGUCGGUGGAUUCGCUGCAGGUGGAUUGUGUCGAGGGAUUCGAUGGUGGCUUGCCACAGAGCUUUAUGCUCGAAUUGGUCGAGUUGCAGUCGCUGCGCCUGGCCAGAAAUAUAACAAUAAACCACACACCUGUGACAUUUGUGAUCGAGAACCUGGAUCAGGCAGCCACCUAUCGCAUGAUCAUAUUUGCUGUGAAUGUCAAGGGUCGCUCGGAGCCGAUCAUUAUAGACGACAUCAACUUUAAGGGCGUGGCGAAACUAACCGGCAGCUCCACGGGGCUAAGUGUGCCGCUGUCGCCAUUCCUGGCUGGCCUGACGCUCGUCUGUGGCCUGCUGUUUGCCAUAUCCUGCAUCAUACUGGCCGCCAUAUAUAGAAGAUUCUCAAAUCGCCGCAACGAUAAUAAUCUGAAGGCCGUAAAGCACACACAAUUGGCCAUACCGACUGACUGCCAGCUGGACCCGCUGCAUCCCAACCCCCACACAAAUGGCCAUGGCCAGCCGCAAGGACAGGCACAGCACGAGCAGUCCAAUCACCAGUCGCACCACAGUCUCCUUCCAAUUAAUUGUGAUAAUCGGAAUGCGGUCGAACGUGGCACACUGAGCGAGGUAAGCAUAGACAGUGGCACGAGAACAUCGCCAAGUGGCCAGGGCUUGGCCAUCUCCAUGGGCGGCGAUACGAUGCGCUCCACGGCGCGCACUCGGGCUAAUGCACAAGUGCUCAGCGAUCAGGCUGAGAUAGAUGACACCGAUCCAGAUGUUAUACCCAAUCAGUAUGAGAAACGCCCACUAAAAGCCUUGGGCGCAUCACCGGGCUUUGCCAGUCCCGCGACGCGGCUUACGCAUCGCGAUUAUUGUGGUGGGCGGGACGCGGAGCUGCUCAAGAGCAAUGCGGACAGCGUGGGUGUGGUGGCAGGUCUGGUUGGCACGGAUGCCAAUACCAUUGGCCUGUUGAGCAAUUCAGGCAACGAGGUGCUGCACUAUACGUUCCGGCCAAGUAAACAAAUUAGCUAUGCUACACUCAAUAAGAAGGGCAUAACCACGUGUAGCCCGCCGCUGGGUGCGUUGACAUAUAAUAUAAGUACAUCGACGCCCUCAUCAUCAUAUCAUCUAACACCGCAGCCAAUGGAAGUCAGUCUGCUCAGUCCGAAUAAUGCAUCGGUGACCUCGUCAUUAAGUGAAUAUCGUUUUCGGCCCGAGGUAGUCACCACUUCGAAUCGCAUACAGGAAAGUUGUAUAUAAGCUUCAUACAUGCAUUAAAGCUACAUAUCUGCAUACAAUAAUUAUACAUAUACAUAUAUAUAUAUAUAUAUAUAUAUAUAUACUUUAU